CAACAAAACUCACGAACAAAAAUCCAAAAAACAAUGAUCUGGGAGACGAAUUGCAAAAUCCAUCUCUACCGAACAAUUUCAAUUUUUCUCAAACAGCAUUUUCCCCUCAACAAUGCCUUUCUUUUGCAAUAAAAUGUAGAGAUGUCCAAUGUGCUUUCGAAGACUUUGAUGUAACUUGUGAUCAAAAUCUUGGCCCCAUUU